UUAUUAACGGUCGCGCUGCGGUCACACCAGAUACAGCAAAAUUGGUUUGCUCGGUUUUUUUGCUAUACUUUUAGCAUUUAAUUGGAUAAAAACAAACCGCCAAGACAUCACAACUCGCGAUUUGAACUAGAAAACCACAAGACAGCAGCGGACGACACAAAAUGGCUAUUGCCGAGCAUGACAACGUCUUUAUCUUCGUGCCAAAUUUGAUUGGCUAUGCCCGCAUCAUUCUGGCCCUGAUCGCGUUCUGGUUCAUGUCCACCAACUAUGUGAUUGCCGGCUGGUGUUAUGUAACCUCCGCCCUACUGGACGCCGUGGAUGGACAUGCCGCCCGGGCCUUCAACCAAAGCACUCGUUUUGGGGCCAUGCUGGACCAGUUGACCGACCGGUGCGGCACCACGGGCCUGCUGGUCACCCUGGCAUACUUCUAUCCCCGGUACAUGUUCUGGUUCCAGCUGUCCAUUGCAAUCGACGUGGCCUGUCAUUGGCUCUUCAUGCAAACGAGCGUUGUGGUUGGACGCAGCUCGCACAAGGUGAACGAGAACUUUGUGAUGCGCCUUUAUUACCAGAAGGACAUCCUCACCUUCAUGUGCUGUGUCAAUGAGCUGUUCUAUGUGUGCUUGUACCUUUUGCAUUUCACCUAUGGCCCGCUGAUAUUCGGCGCCUCGCUCUUCAAGAUACUCGCCUUCCUGACGGGUCCCUUUGCCGUGCUCAAGGCUCUGAUCUCGGUGAUGCACGCCUAUUUGGCGGGCAUUGAUCUGGCUGCUGUGGAUGUUCGCGAGCGUCAGGAGAAGCGCCAGAAAUCAGAGCCGGUAGCCGGCAAGAAACUGGAGUAAAUAUGAUCCGGACCACGAUCUUCCAGCGUCAGUACUCUCAAGGAAAAGUACGAAAGCGAAACAACUCUAGAUUCCAAGGAAAAUAAAACAUGAAAACAAAACUUUGAAGGCGGAAAGCGAUCAGAUGAAAUAUGGGCAUUAGGCAACCAAUUAGGCCGUAGAAUAAUUUAAAUUAUUUGUAUGCGCUAUUGCAUGAUUGUUGAUUUUAUUUGUAAUUUUAGUUAGACGGUUGGCAAGCUCACCCGACAAAUUGUAUUUAAAUGAUUUAAGAAUUGAAAUUGAAACUCAAGCGAUUCGUUCCAGUCGGUAGCUGUUACAUAUUUAUUUGCCUUUAGUUAAACGUAAUUUACAAUUUCUGUGACGCUUACACCCAAUAUAUAUAUAUAUAUAUUUUACAUAAAUUCAGGCCGAUAUAUGAAUGAGUGUCUAUUUCCAGGACUUAUCUCACUGAUUCGGCUAACACCUCCCCCCAGCAACUCUCUCAAUGUAACUAAUGUAUUUCUAAUCGUAAGUGAAAAGAAUGUAAUUGGAGACCUGCAAGAAAUAUACGAAAAAUGAAUGUUA